CUCCCAGCUUCUCCCUCACCCCUCAAUUUUUUUCCCAAUCGAACUACUUGCAUGCCAGCUCUUCUCAUUUUUUUUCCAUGCUGAUUUCACAAAUUUCUCACCCUUAUUACCUCCCUUCAUCAUCCAUCCUCUCCAUUUGUGAACCGCUCCCCCUUCUACAAUGGAGGAGCGGGGCCCACCUGCAACCGGCGCCGACGACAUCAAUGAAGACCCAGCUCCAACGUCAGAGACGCAGCUAGUACCCUAUGGUCCCAUCCCCUCACCCAACGAAACAUACGUAAUCCAUUUCCCUAAAGACCAAAUCUACCGCGUGCCGCCCCCUGAAAAUGCCAUACUCGUCGAUAAGCACCGGCCGGUGACGAAGAAGAAAUCACGCAAGUCUUGUUGCUGGGCUCUCCUUGUCGUUUUGCUUGUCCUGUUCCUCAUAUUCGGCAUAGCCUUGUUGACAUGGUACCUCGUUUUGAGCCAUAAAGACCCUACAUUCUCUAUCAGUCAGGUCCAAGUGAAGCAAUCGAAUUCUUCAGACAGCAGCAAGGAUUCAGAUCUAGGAUAUGACAUCACCUUGAAAGCUGUUAAUCCUAAUGAUAAGAUGAGCAUACGCUUCGAAAAUGGUGGUGGAACUUCCCUUUUAUAUAGGCAAAAGGACAUUGCUAAGGGCAAAUUUCCAUCUGAUCAACUAGAUGAUGAUGAGUCGGACACCGUAAAACUUGUUCUAAACGGAACAAGCGCAGAGUUGCCUAGCGAGGUCCAGGAAAGCAUCGAAGAAACUAGGUCGAAGAAGACGACGCCGUUGUCCCUAAGUCUGAAAAUAAGUGACCUUCCUGUACAUAUCAAAUAUGGGUUUUUUAAGAGUUGGGAUGAGAAAGCGGUAGUUGAAUGCAAAUUCAAGGUGGACACAUUGGGGUCGGCUACAAAGGUCCUUGAGCAAAAUUGUGACACUACAUUGAAAUGAAGGUGAUGGUAAUUGGUAAAGGUGGUGAUGAUAUAUUUGUUUUUAAUUUUCUCAAUUGUGUUCUUGUUUGCUUGGUUAAUGGUGGACGAUGAUAAGAUCGAUAUUAGUUCUGCAAUGUGAUGCUUAUCAAUCAUCAUUUUAACUAGAAAGGCCUCAGUCUCUAUGCUUAAA